AUGGAGAUGAUGAUACUGACUCUGGCUCAGAGUUCGAUUCUGAUAGCGCCGCCGAUGGAGACAGUGCCCCUGAGUCCCCUCCGAGGAAGAGGACGAAGAGGGCCUUUCAAGCUUGAUGCGAUUGGCGCAGAUUUUUAUUUGGAUGUUGAAGAGCCUAUUGAAUGUUUGAAUGAGAAUGACAAUGAAGAAUUGGUGAAUGGGAAAGCCACUGAAAGUGAAGAUUUUAAUGUUGAAUAUGGACCUUUAAAUAUUAAUGACCCAAGUAAUUGGGACAAGAUUGAUCAGAAUUUCAAAGAUUUAUUAGUUGAAAGAGGUCCUAUAAGAAGUAAUGUUGUCAAUUUUCCUAGAGAUGACAAUGAUAGACAUUUCUCCUCUACAUAUUACAUUCGAAAUUUAUCAAAUGAAGAGAAGCAAGAUAGGAAAUGGCUAGUCUAUUCAGAUGCUUCAAACAAAGUAUUUUCCUUUUGUUGUAAGUUGUUUAAGGAAGAUGGGAACAAGACUUAG